AUGAAAUCUUCAGGCCUAAAAGAUCCCACAAAAAUCUCCGGCGGCUUCUCUGCAACUGCCAAGUCAACUGCCAAAACAUCAAAAUUUGAAAGCGGAAAACCAAAUCAAACCCUCAAAAACAAAGCCUCAGAUGAUGAUGAAACCUCCUCUUUCUCCUCCUAUUCAUCAGCAUCAGCAUCAGCAGCAGCAAAUGUUAUAGGCAACAAUGGAGACCUCUUAAUACAGAUUUUACUUUACUUACCCAGAAAAUCCCUCCAUCGUUUCCGGUCCGUGUCCAAGCAGUGGCUUUCAACCAUAUGCAGCCCAGACUUCAGGCGUCUCCGUUCUGUUGUUGCCUCUGGAACAUUGGUUUUCUUCCUCCUCGUGGGUGACAGGCUUAAUUUCAUCUCCAUCCACCAACAAAAGUAUGCACGUUCAAAGGGUGACACAGUUCCCGACUUGUGCGAGAAUCUCAAUUUGAAUCCAGAGCCAGAGGGUUUACAUUAUUGCAAUGGGUUAUUAGCUCUGGUGUUUAAGACUGAACAUGAGUAUGGAUUUGGACCACACUACUUUGUUGUGUACAACCCUACUACUUGUGGGUAUAGGCUUAUUCCCCGUUUGAAAUCUUUAUAUCUAGAUCGUGGAAGCCGGUGUUUUCAGGCUCUGAAUAUUGUGUUUGAUCCUUUAAAAUCUGAUCAUUACAAACUUGUGUGUGUGUGGAUGGAAGCUAAUUACCCACAUAUGUGUAGAUAUAGAUUUUCCGUGUAUUCAUCUGAAACUAGGAUUUGGAGGGACACUGAGGACAUCUCUUCUUCAGGCACGUGGUCUUGGACGUCUUUCAAUAAUGGGGUUUUAUGGAAUGGUGAUCUUUAUUGGAUAGGUGAUUCAAGCCGUAUUUUGUGCUUUGAUCUAGAUAAACAGUGCCUCAACUUCACAAGGUCUCCUAUACCUCGAAUACCGGGGAUGCUUUGGGAAUUUGGAGAAUCUGGCGGCAGUUUGUACCUCAUGGAGGUUGUUGUCUCUCAAGCGCCACUGCUCGACAUUCUUGAGCUGGCAAGGGACUGUUCUCAAUGGGUAUUCAAGUAUCGUGUAGACCUUGCUCUACUACAAAGUCUGUGUCCCUCAUCGAAGGAUGAAGUCUUGAAUCGGUUUUAUCCUCCAUUUUGUAUUUCUCGUCUUCUCUGGGAUGGGACAGAAGAAAAACCGAUGCUUGUAUUAUCUCCGGAGGAGGGUGAGGUGAUUUUGUACGACAUUGAGGAUAUGACUCUUUUGAAGCUUGAAGAAGAAGAGCCGAAGGAUACUGAUCGUGGCUGGAGGGGUAGUUCUUAUGACCGGAGGAAAGUCUAUCAAUUCAUGGAGACUCGUGCUUGCGUUUAA